AUGCCACUGAUAGCAUUGGAUCCAUUUGAUGGCUUAUUGGCACUUGCUCGGCAUACGCCAAUACCAACACUGAACAGUUAUAUUAUCAUUAGUUUACUGCUAACUAUUGGAUCCGUUUUUUAUGCUAAGUUAACGUUUGCAAAAGAUGAGAUUGAAAGUCGUUUGAGAGGUAUUAAUGAAACCUUUCGAAAAACCGACCCAACAGGUGCCUUAAUGACAUCUACACAUCUUCAACAAUUUUAUUACGUACUACUUCAUCCUACUUUUGGAUGGGUUUUUAUCAAUAUGUUUUGUGCAGUCUUGGCAUUAAUUGCGAAAUUAGCAACGCAUGCGACGGUUGGGAAGCUGGGAGCCCAGGAGUCUGUACUUUUACGUGAUCGGUUGUGCAAUUUUUUGCUUUACAAGGCAGUAUUUUUAUUUGGUGUAUUAAAUAGUGUUGUGCACGAAGAAGUUAUUGCAUGGGUUUUAUGGUUUGCAUUACUUGCAUCAGUAGCUGCAUUGCAGAGUAUUAUCGCUUACAAGUUGAAAUAUUUGAUUUCUUCAAUACCUCCAAGAAGAAUUUUACUUCGUAUUAUGGGAUUGGCCAUUCUUUUACUAUUGAUAUCAUUCGCAUUUGUUUCGUUUGCAUUCACCGCUUUUCGUUUAUUUCCAAUCAGCAUCGCCUUAUUUAUCCUUGCUGAUGCUAUUAAGUCACUAUUAAGAAGUAUUUAUGUAAUAUCCAAAUCUGCUCUCUUACUGGAUAAUGUUUCCAUCUAUUUGUCAUCCAUCAAUCUUACGACUUUAACAUAUUAUCUGGAAUUUUUGCAUGAUCUUACUAUUGAUUGUAUCGAUUUGCUGCAUUACACUCAUAUGCUGCUAUAUUCACAAGUUGUAUUAAGUAUGGCAUGCAUUGUAAUUUCCAUGCAGUUGCGAUCAUUUUAUAAAUCGUUCGUUUCUCGCAUUGAGCGGCACAUCAAAUAUAAGCGUAUUUGCAAACAUAUCGAUAUGCAUUACCAAAAAGCAACACGAAUCGAAUUAAAUAAUUUAAAAGAUUGGUGUGCAAUAUGCUGGGAGCAAAUGGACAGUGCUCGAAAGCUUCCAUGCAAUCAUUUCUUUCAUGAAUGGUGUUUACGAAGCUGGUUAGAGCAGGAUAAUUCUUGUCCAACUUGUCGACUAGCACUUCCAUCUUCGAAUAAUCCAGCAGUUACAGAAGGUCCACGAGAACGGUCACGGGCUGCAAUAGUGCAACCCUUUAGCCAUGUCUUUCAUUUCAGUGGUACUCGUUACGCGCGUUGGUUACCAUCAUUUUCUGUUGAAUUGUCGCAUAAUGUUACACCCAGUUUCUUCCAACGUAACAGAUUUGGAAACACAGCAAAUUCACAGUUGAAUUCUUUGGCUGAACAAGUUCGAGAAAUGUUUCCACAGCUCGAAAUGGCCGCAAUUUUGGAAGACUUGCGUGAAAGUGGUUCAGUGCAGGCGACUGUAGAAAAUAUUCUCGACAGCCGAUUUCGGCAGCGAAAUAUUACACUCGAUUCAGAUGAGGAACCUUGGAAUGCUGCGGAUCUGCUUUCAUCUUCUAACUCCUCCGCGGAAUCAUCGGGUGAAUACGAAGAAACUUUGGCGCCGUCAGGGUCUUGUUUUAGCUCUCGUCCGGUAGAGCAUCGAGACAUCUUUUUGCAAAGAAAAGAAAUACUUAUUCAGCGCCAUCGGAAGAAAUAUAUUGCAUCCUAUCGAGGCAAAGAUCUUCGAAAUAUCUAUGGAAAAGAUGUUCCAAAUACGAGGGAUCCAUAUUCGUUCAGGCAAAGAGGGAAACAUGAUUCAUAA